GGUUAUAAAGUUUUAAUUUCUCUUUAGUUAUUUUUGCAAGUGCACUUCCUUCCGCAAAUCGAAUCGAAAGAAGACAAGGAUGUGGGUGGAGAUCAUCUGCGCUCUCGCGAUCUACAAAAUCGUUAGCCUUUUCUUUUACAACGACGAGUUUUCCGACGUAGAAACGUCCGACUCCACUGCUCUCUUCUCCGUUGCUCACAGACUUGAGAAGCUUCACGGCGGAAAAGCUUAUGUAGGGCUUCGAAUUCCAGAUGCAGACACUUCUUCUAGACAGGACGUCGAUCUUGUUCUCGUCACCAAAGGACAAGUUGAGGUGGUCGGUGUUAAGAACCUAUCUGGAAUUGUUACGGUAACGAGUGAUGGGAGCUGGGUUUGUGAAGGUGGGAAGCAUCAUUCAACCCAGACCUACCCUGACCCUCUGGCUGAAGUGAAGAAACAGGCUUCAGUUCUUGAGUCAUAUCUUGAACAGAGAGGCGUUACUUUGCUAGAAGGAAAUAUCUCUUGCAAAGUUGUUAUUCCCAACCCAAAUUUUCGUACGAUGCAUGCAUUUCCGAGUGAGGUAAUUACCUACGAAGAGUGGCAACACCUGAAACCAGUCUCAAGAAACAUACUUUCUGGUUGGGUUAAAGGCGCAUUCAGCUCAGGGAAAGAGAUGCACGACUCUUCGCAUCAAAAACUUAACUUCAUCCUUGGCUCGGCACCAGUGUGGGAUAGGGUGGAGCUUAAAAACAGCAAGAUUGUGUUAGGAGAGUUCCUCGAGUUUAAAGGAAAGGAGGAAGACACUUUGGCUUUGAGGCAUAUCAAAAGAUCAAAAGUUGACCGUAUCUCUAUUCAGCAAACUAGCAUGCUUGGAUUCGCUCCAACAAGGUUGCAGGUUCUCUACUCGUAUAGGGACUACAGAAGUGAAGGCAGUUCAGGAUCAGAGACGAAGGAAGUGACUGUUAGGUCGAGCACCGAGGUUGUGUUCCAGCCACGAGACUCUGGAAAGAUUAAGAAGUUCAAGCUAUCGUCCCUCCUCUCUGUCUCACUAAGUGCCUAACUGUUCUGUCAGCAGAUAAAGGCUGUUAAUGUCUAGUAUAUGACUUACAUAGACCAAAUCCUGAAAUAAUAUUAGAUAACUGUUUCUUUCUUGUUUAUUGGUUUUGCUCAACACUUGAGAGUUGAGAACACACA